AUGAUGGGUCCACUCGAUGGGGCAGAAGUCAGGGAUGUUGACCUAUUUGGAUGGAAGGGCUUGCUGUUUUCCCGGCCGGACUUCGCAGAGUCCUUCGAGGGGGAAAUCCUGAGGACAAUUGACAACAGACAAGAGAACAACCCUGCGCACCAAACAUUCAGCACGACACGCAGCGAGGAUGAGAUCCAGUUGCUGCGAGACAGCUUCUACACAGAGUCCUUGGAGGAUCCAGUCCCUGCAGAGGGGGAGGUCAGCCUGGAGAUCGCUUCUGCUUCUGCUUCCACCGCCGAGUGGCCCCCGACAAAGUCGACAAAGUCACCGAGUAAUUUGGGUAGAGUUGAAGAAAAGAUGCCCAACGUGGACAUCUUCAGUUUCAAUUCUCAGAAGUCACGGUGUGGGGGUGGCGACUCUGCGGAGAACAGCCUGGCACAUCAGUCUGCAGUAGCUGUCCUCCGGCAUGGUGAGCGUCAGGACUCGGUCUUCGGAUCCACCUGGCACAUGGGGGCGGACUGUCAGCGGUACCCCUUCGACUGCCCCAUCACUAACGAUGCCAUCGUGGAGGCAAGGCACGCGGCCGGCAAGCUGAGCGACUUUGCUGACUUCGACGUGAUCGUGUCGUCACCGUACCUGCGCUGCGUUCAAACUGCCAUUGCCUUGGCGGACGCGCUGGACGUCAUGGUGCUCUUGGACUACGAGCUCGGGGAAGUCUUCGGCCCUGCGGUUUUCGGGGAUAUGGAUCCGGCUGGCCGAGCCUGGCGAUCCCGGCAGGAUCUGCAUACAGCUUUGACGAACUGGAGCCCCCAGCUUCUCCAAGGCUUUUCGAAGCCACCGGUUGAGCGAGUGUGUUGGCAAAAGGUUUUGGGCCAGCCACCUAGCUGGGGCGAAAAGUUGACAGACGCCCAUCAUCGUUAUGCCACGAGGUUCCUGACCUACCUCGACCGUGGCCAGCGUGCGGGCAAGAACAUGAUCCUGGUAAGUCAUGGCAUCAUGGUGCAGACUUGUCUCAAGGUGCUACCUGGCACGUCGGCCUUAAGUGUGGCAUCCAUCCCCUUCUGCGGCGGGCUGAUGGCGCGCCGUCGGAUCUCCAAGGGCAGCCCCGAGCUGCCCCGCAAGGCGGAAACCUCGCCGUGCCAGGAGGCGGUGGGGAACUGGCCCGAGGGGAGCGAAGGGAGGAGGCCAGCAAGCGACUACCUGGAGCAAGCGCAGCUUCAUGGAUGGGACGUCCAGACUUUCGAAGUUGUCUUUGACGUCGCAGCCGACAAGCCGGCAGCAAUGGCAAAGCGCUACCGAGACUUUCUCACCAGGCUGAAAGCCGGCAGAUUCUCCUGGGUUCAGUUGCAGGUCCUCCUCGGGCAAUUACCCGCCGAGCUGCCCCCGCAAGUCUUCCAGGCUCCCGAGCUGACACGGCCACGCAGCUCUCCAUGGAGAUCUUGA